ACCAGAAUGCUAGCAUGUGUUCUAUUUUGUUCUUAGCCAGUUCUGCUCUUGCCUAAAGGUGCCUUCAGCUGCUCCAUCAUUCUCUUUUACAAUGGAAGAGAGAAAUCCAAGAGACAUUUAUUUUAUAGCUCAAACACAGUCAUAAAAGCCCUUCAAAUUCUGCAUAUAGGUCUCUCUUCAGCCUCUCUGCAUGGGAUCAGAGACUCACAGUAACAGCAACAAGGCUGCAAAAGAUCCUCUCAACAGUGAAAAUAAUCCCUUUCAGAUGAGAGGAUAGGUGGAAAAACUAACAAAAGGAAGAUUGCUGAAAGUACCUGAAGAAACAAAAGAACUAAGCUGGGGAAAGGCAAGGGCUGAGUCCAGGCUGAGACAUGAGUCUAGCCUGUGAAGAGAAAUAACUGGAACUCUAAGCUGCAGAAACUCUGCAACCUGCCUAAAACAACAUUUAGGCCAGCAGGCCACUUCAAGAAUGGAGAAUGAAAUGAUGCAAUGAGAUAACUUGACAGGAAGACAUCUUCCUCAUUUGCCUCAGCCAGACCUAUGGAGAGAGCCUCUUUCACUUUGCAGAGCCCAUCUUUCUUUGGAUCAUUUCUGUUCAGGUUAAACUUCAUUUUAAUUAUUUGGAUCUCAACAAUGCACCUGUGGGGGUGUUACCCAACUGUCCCUUCUACGCUGUCCAGGAAAUCUGAUUACUGUCUCAUCCUGCUGAAUAGCUGCUUAGCCAAGCUGGACAGGAGUGAAGAAUUGACUUUUCUAAAACCUUUCCCGGAGAAGUCUUUCAUUAAAAGGUCCUUUCGCAAUGGAGUUGGAUCAGGAAUUAAAAAAACUUCCUUUCAAAGAGCAAAUUAAUAAAUAACUGCUCAGGAAAGUACCCUCAACUUUAGCAUCUAACAUUUAACUGUGAGCUUAAAAUAAUUUGCAAUGCAUUUCUGUUAUAAAAGCAAAAGAGACAAAUGUAUCAGCAUGUUCAUAAUGUAAACAGAUGUGUAUUUCAAAUAGUGCAAGCCAAGUGAAGCAGAUUAAAUUGUUCAGUAUAGGCAUUGUUUUCAAAGUUACAAUAUCAUAACGUUUUGUAUUGAUAUAAAUAUGUUUUCGGCUGGUUAAUUCCCCAUUUGUAAAACUAUAGAUUUAAUCAGAUUGCUCUUGAUUAACACAAAAAUAGUUCUGUGCUUUGAAAGCAUGCACACAUGCAACAAGUCUUUAGGAUGGCAGCAUUAUAUCCUACAUAUACUCAUCUUUGGUCUAAAAGAUAUCCUUAUGGUUAAUGCAGGGCAUAGCUUCAUUUUAUUAGCCUGAUUAUCAUUUACAUGAGGACCACUUUACACCACUCUGGUAAUAUAAGGCGGGUCUUAAAAUGUAAUUUAAGACAUCUUUACACUGCUCUACAGGUAUAAAGGGCCAUUCGUGAAAAAGAGAAUCAGGCCCUAUGUUUAAACUCUAAUUUAUUUUUAAUAUAGUUAUUUAAAAUGACUUCAGCAGGAAGUAAUCUCUUGAGAUGUCAUUUCAUUUUCAAGAGUGUCCUGGGAAAUCAUUCUCAGUCACUGUAGCAGUGCAUGUCCCUCUGCUUCAAUUAAUCAAUUAAUGUAGGCAACAAACAUCUGAUGAUAUCUGCCAAAUGUAGGGCUUGCCUAUUUUCUGCUGUUAUGGUUGUGCUCUAACGAACAGUGGUCCAGUUUUGUUUUUUCUUUGCUGUAAAGUAACUGGUUAGAUGUUUGUUCUCAAAAUAUUGUAGAUUUUGUCAGCUGGAAAGGUCAUCUGCUGAGUUGCAUUAUUUGUGUGAAUUUUACCUUGUGGCCAUUUCCUUCGAAAAGUGAUGUAACAAACUCUGAAUGUUGGCUUAAAAAUGUAGCAAUGUGUAUUUGUUCAGAUGCAUUUUGAAUUCCAAAAAAUCUAUUAAUAAAUCAAUGUAUGGAUCAUU